AUGAAUGGGUGUGGAGAAGAAUUUUUUUCUUGCAAGUUAGUGGCAUCUGUAGUAUUAGUACUAGUGUUUUUGCCUCAGGUAGUGUGCAAGAUUCCAGAUGUCAAAUGUGGCACCAGUGACCCUCUUCCUAUUCUUCAUAAGUUCCACCAUCCAGGAGAUCUCACCAUUGCUGGCAUCGUGUCUAUGAUGUACAUAUUUUCCACUCCAAUAACGUUCAUAGAAUGUCCCUCAAUGGACCUCUUUGAUGGAACUUUCUAUUUCAAUCCGAGAUGGACCUAUCAGGCCGCACUGGAGGUCUUCUCCACCCAGGGCAGAUUCAUCCCUAACUACAAAUGUGAUAAUGUCAACAGUCCAGUAGCUGUAAUUGGAGGGCCCACCUCUGUAGUGUGCCUCCACAUGGUGGACACCCUGUGCAUCUACAAGAUUCCACAGUUCAUCUAUGGCGUUGCUCCAGUGAUAAAUAAGAAAAGUCAGACUGUCCUCUACCACCAGAUGUUUCCAGAUGUGGAUCAUCAAUAUAAAGGGAUUCUUCAGUUACUGCUUCAUUUCAGGUGGACGUGGAUUGGGGUGGUAUCUGCACAUGAUGACAACGGAGAGAAAUUCAUACAUACAGUGGUUCCCAUGUUUGCUCAGAGAGACAUCUGCUUUGAUUUCAUGAUAUCAAUGCCUCAAUUUACUCACUCUAGUGACUUUGAUAAGAAAAUUGAUGAGUUGAUUAAAACAUGCAAUGUUAUCAGGAAUAGCACUGUUAAUGCAAUGAUCGUUCAUGGUGAAAUUGAUACCAUGUUAAGUCUGAGAAUGCUGCCUGUCUACACUGGCUGGGGGAGAUCAACAAAUGACAAAGGUAAAAUCUGGAUUAUGACAUCCCAGAUGGGUUUCACAUCAGUUUCCUUUCAAAGAAAUUGGGACAUAGAUUUCCUUCAUGGUGCUAUCUCCGUUGCAGUUCACUCAAAGGAGGUAAUAGGAUUCCAGAAAUUUCUUCAGAUGAUAAAACCUUCUUCAGAAAACAAAUAUGCCUUUAUCAGAGAGUUUUGGGGAGACGCAUUUGAAUGUUCUUUCCUCAAUCCCAUGAUAGACAAAGACAAUGGGAAAAUCUGCACUGGAAGGGAGAAACUGGAGACUCUGCCUGCCUCUGUUUUUGAAAUGAGCAUGACAGGCCACAGCUACAGUGUUUACACUGCUGUCUUUGCUGUGGCACAUGCAUUGCAUGCCAUGCAUUCAUCAAGGUUCACGCACAGAGCAAUGGUGGAUGAAGGAAGAAUGAAGAUUCUGAGUCAACAGCUGUGGAAGCUCAACCACUUUGUAAGAAGCAUCUCAUUUAAUACUAGUGCUGGAGGAAAAGUAUCUUUCAAUGAAAAUGGUGAGAUAGAGGCUGGAUUUGAUAUUAUGAAUUGGCUCACGUUUCCAAACCAGUCUUUCUGCAGAGUCAAAGUUGGAAGCAUAGACCCCAUGGCACCUCAAGAAGAAGUGCUCACUAUUUCUGAGGAAGCCAUUGUGUGGCCCAACAGGUUUAACCAGGCACAGCCUCUUUCUCUUUGUAAUGACAAUUGCCCCUUGGGUUAUCGUAAGGCAAAGAAGGAAGGGAUGCCAUUUUGCUGCUAUGAUUGCCUUCCAUGUCCAGAAGGGAAGAUUUCCAACCAAACAGACAUGGACGACUGCUUUCCAUGUCCACAAGAUCAUUAUCCAAACCUAGAACAGGAUUCGUGCAUUCCAAAAUGCAUCAGUUUCUUGUCUUAUACAGAGCCUUUGGGGAUCAGUCUGGCCACUUUGGCUCUUUCGUUUUCCUUCAUCACAGCUUUGGUGCUUUGCAUCUUCAUUAAGCACCGGGACACUCCCAUCGUCAAAGCCAAUAACCGGAGCCUCACCUUCUCCCUCCUCCUUUCCAUCUCCCUCUCCUUCCUUUGCUCACUGUUCUUCAUCGGCCAGCCUGACAAGGUGACCUGUCUCCUUCGACAAACUGCUUUUGGCAUCAUCUUUUCAGUGGCAGUUUCUUGCGUGCUGGCCAAGACAACCAUCGUGGUUCUUGCUUUCAUGGUCACCAAACCCACGAGGAAAUGGGUGGGGAAAAGACAAACUCUCUCCAUUGUUUGUUCCUGCUCUUUUAUUCAAGCCACUCUUUGUGGUGUGUGGCUAACAACUUCUCCCCCAUUCCCAGAUUUAGACAUGCACUCAAUGACUAAAGAAAUCCUUCUGGAAUGUAAUGAUGGCUCAGUCACCAUGUUCUACUGUGUCUUAGGCUACAUGGGCGUACUAGCUAUUGUCAGCUUCACUGUAGCUUUCUUAGCCAGGAAGUUGCCUGACAGUUUUAAUGAAGCCAAAUUCAUCACCUUCAGCAUGCUGGUCUUUUGUAGUGUUUGGCUGUCCUUCGUUCCCACCUAUCUGAGCACAAAAGGGAAAUACAUGGUGGCUGUGGAGAUCUUCUCCAUCUUAGCUUCCAGUGCUGGAUUACUGGGGUGUAUAUUCUUCCCAAAAUGCUACAUUAUUGUGCUUAGGCCUGAACUGAACAGCAAGCAGCAGCUGAGAAGAAUAAAGCAUUGA